AUGAUAGUUGUCUCCAAGAUAGAAUAUGUGGAUAAAAUUUUAUCACCAUCGACCAAAAGUAAAUAUCCGACGAGAAUUCCUAGCGAAGGCUUAAGGGGUCUAGGUAUUUCUGGAAACUCCAAUGUCAGUAGUUGGAAAUUCAAAAGGCAAUUCCAUGCCCAGACUGUAGAAACGUUAGGUUUCUUGAAGGAGUCUGUCGGUCGCAUACAAAUAAUAUUUAAUGAGAUGGAGGAAUACUGGAGGUCUGGAUUUGAAGAUAAUAAUAUCACCGAUUUUUCAGAAUGGUCACAUAGUCUCGCCAUGGAUAUCAUAUUUGAUACCAUCGCCGGGAAGAAGACGUGGUCCACCGCCUCGUAUUUUUUGACCAUUUCUCAUGGACCAAAGUCAGUGAAGUUACCAAAUUUUGAUGAAGAAAUUAUUGGCGAGUCUUCGGAAUUGACGAAAUUAUUUGCAAUGCACCUCAAGGCAAUAGAUUUUGUUACAAUAUAUCCUAAGAUAGUGAGGAAUUAUAUCCCUAGUUUCAGGGCAACCCAGAUGGAGUUCUUAGAAGCAAUUGAGUUGUUAUACAGAAAAUUGGAUAGCCUUAUUCGGGAAAGGAGGAAAGAAAUAGAAAACACACCAACAGAUGAAAAUUUGAAAUACGACAUGCUAACGCUAUUGAUUACGGCUAAUACGGACAGAAGCAUCUCGGAUAUAAAGGACGUCAAGAAAGAGUUUACGAAUCCUUUAACAGAUGAGGAGAUACGCGAGAUUAUCAUAGAAGCCCUGGCAGGCGGAGUCGACACUACCGCAAAUGUGUUUAACUUUACUAUCUAUUACCUCGCUCGCUAUCCAGAAGUUAAAGAUCGACUAUGUCAGGAGAUCGAUGAUCUUUUUGGUCAGAAUCAAAACAGAUCACUUACAUAUGACGACUUAUCAAGUCUGAAUUAUUGCGAGGCUGUGAUUAAAGAAGCGUCUCGUGUGACAACACCGGUACCUUUCAUAAGUCGUCUCAGCUCUGAACCAGAUAAAAUAGAAAACAUGGAGUGGGGUGCAAAUACCGGUUUUCUGAUUUUUAUUUCGGGAGUUCAUUUAAACAAUAAUUAUUGGGAAGAACCAGAAAAAUUUAAUGCCGAUAGAUUCGUCAGCACCGAUGAGCAAAAAGAACAGAACGGAAAGAUGUUUAGAAAUUGGGACAUUGAAUUGGCAGAUAAGAAUUCUCCAUUGGAAUUUGUGAACAGUAGCGUCUUUAGGAGUGCGAAAAACCUGAUG